UUGUUUUGAAGUGUUCGCACAGUCGCUAGUCGGUCGGACCACGUCGUUGUUGUCGGUACGCGAUAGAAGUGGGCUGUGACCUGCAGCCUGGUGACGUUUUCUAGUGUUGUUUGUUGCUUUUGCACUUGACUUGGGGCUUGAUUGGAAUGGACUGAUUUUCUAUUUUUGAAAGCUAGUUACUAGUAGUAGUAGGUGAACAUCUAUCGGUGCUUUCACCUGUACUGGUACUGGACGAGCCCUUUAGUUUGAGAAAGAGCUGUUCCGCAGCACAGCUGCGAUUGUAGAGUUUUUGCUUUGGAAGCCGAUAGCAAAAACGGUCAUAUCAGUGGACAGAUCAUUGCCAUCUACAGCUAGAGAGAAAGAGAAGUGCGUAUGGAGACGACCAAGAUUUGCAACAAGCGUCCUGGCGUGCAGCUGCCCUCUCUGAACGAUGUGCAAGCGUGCGGCCGACGAAUCGCUGGCGUGGUGAAGCGCACACCCGUAGUGCGCCUCGGCACCCAUCUGGUGAAGUUGAACCAUCAAUCGGUGCGAGUCAGUCGACAAAAGGGUAGCGAGUGCUCCUCUGACUCUGCGUCCGUCAGUGAUUCAAUACGAGAUGUGUCGGGUGAGAUCGAAGUGUUUUUGAAACUGGAGAAUGAGCAGCACUGCGGAUCGGUGAAGUCCCGUUCGGCCGCUAGCUAUUUGUCCGCUCUGGAGCAGCGCGCUGACGGAGACGAUGCGCUGCGACGUGGUGUUGUAACGGCCAGUACGGGAAACUUCGGCCAGAGCCUGGCAUGGCUGACCAAGAAGAAGAAUAUCAGAUGUGCGGUCGUUGUACCGGACUUCACUGACGCCUAUCGUCGCGCACUCAUAAAGUCUGCUGGCGCUGACCUUGUCAUCGAUGUACCGUUCCACGAGUGGUGGCAAUGCGUAGAGCUGGCAACACUGUGCCCGUCUGUGGCUGCACGCCAUCCGGAAAUCGCCGACAUGCACUUUGUGUCGCAAGUCUCGCCAGAGUGCAUUGCCGGCGACGCGACCGUGGCUGACGAGAUCUUCGCCGACGUGAACAACAUCGACGCCGUCGUCGUUCCCUACGGCUUCGGCAGCUUCAGCUGCGGCACCGGGGUGGUCGCCAAGCAACGGUCGCGGGGCACGCGCGUCGUAGCCGUGGAGAUUGAGACCAGCUCGCCGUUCCGCAACGCACUGGUGGCCGGAAAGCCGUACCGGUGCACACACACGCCGAGUUUCGUCAGUCAACUGGGCGGGCAGAUGGCACUGCCAACCAUAUGGGAUCAGAUCAACUCUGAGAAUGGUCUGAUCACGGACUCGGCUGUGGUGCAGCUGGAGCAGGUGGCCGAGGCCAUGCGCGUGCUGAAGCGUAACCAUGACAUCGUUGCUGAGGGCUCCGGUGCCGCCUCACUGGCCGCCGUGCUGUCGGGCCAGGCGGGCAGGGGACGCGUGGUGUGCGUCAUCACCGGCGGCAACGUGGAACGCGACAUGAUGGCCGACAUCAUGACCGGGGGACUUCCCCCCGCGGGACUGCCCAUCCCGCCCGCGAUCGGGGGACUUCCCCCCGCUGGAAUGCCCAUCCCGCACGUGAUGUCGUCGUCAGCUCUGAUCUGGGAGCCCAGCGAGGACACUGACGACAGGAACAAAGCAAUGACAUCAGCCACUAGUCAAACUGCAGCCUCAAUAUCUAGUAACAAUGCCCAGCCUGUUCCAGAAGUCGCAAGCUGAUGACCGUAAUUGUGUCAUGUGUGCAGACGAACUACAACAAGUUGAGACAAGUGUGUCUACCAAUAUUAUUGAUGAUGGCUUUGCACCUGUUAGACUCAGAUGGACCAGUCAACAUGCAUACACGAUUGAACGUUAACGUGUCGUACAGUCGGCUGUGGGCCAGACAUUGGCUGCACAUGAGUAGUUCUACGAUGACCUGCACAUAUACGUCGAACAGGCUGCUGCACUUGAGUUGUUACAUGCGCGUCGUUUCUGCUGAGCCCGAGUGCAUGCGCUGCUGCGCCGCUGUGCGCGACCAGUAAAGGGCAGAAUGCCCGACGGAGAAGCGCUCUGACGCGCUACGCAACCUUUACCCACGUGUUCUCCUUUUCAAGUCUCAGUACCGGUACUUUAGCCCUAGAACUACCGGAGGCAUCAUACGAUGUACUAAUGACGGGUUCCAGAAAGAACAGUUGAUCUAGUGCCACCCGGUUAGUUUACUUUUACGACUAUUUUAAAUUAAGAGUUCACUGCAGACGUUCUGUAGUUGUAUACGCAAUCACGAUUCUCUUUACUCUACUACAUGUUCUUAACCUGUGAGCCUUCUAGCUAAUUCGUGUAGCCUAGCAACACCUCGCUGGAUUUUUUUCUCGCUGGAUCAAUACAGAGAAUACUACCAUGUUGCAAUGCCUUGCAGAGAUGCGCUCUGAUGUGCUACGCAGCACUAGUCACUAUGCACUCGUUUUUCGUUCUCAAGACGUAUUUACUUACCGGUAUUACUAUUAAAGGGGUUCCAGAAAGAACAGUUGAUUAAUCUAG